CCGCGUCCCAACGACGCCGCUCCCCGGUCGCUGUUCGGUGCGCAAGCGCAUACACACUGUUUUGUUAUUCCAAAUUCUAAUUACGAACGGAUCAAACAAUAGAUCUCAGUACUUGUGUGUGAUGAAUUUUUAAUUGAUGAAAAUGAAACUGCAAACGGAAUGGAGCGCAUGAUUUCAGUGUGUUUUCUAUACUCAGUGAUAACCAGUGAUUGUGAUCGACUAAGUGAUUCGCAUUUGAUAAGGGAAAUACAGAUACGGGGCAUGGACUGGCCGAGCACGUGAAUCCUCGCGAUGCUAGCACUGAGUUCGGUUACGCGUCUGUAAUCGAGUCACAUUAGACUGACUGUUGAAAUGCGGAUAGGGGAGCGGACUUAUAGUGCGUGUGUGUAAAAGCGAUGCAUGGUUUGUGAGGUCGGAGCAGCGGUCAUGGACAUGAGCGGAGAGGGUGGCGGAGCGGGCGCGGGCGCGGGCACGCUGCAGCAGCGCUGGUACGACAGCCGCGUGAACGGCAGCCCGGCCGCCGGCGACGUCAACUCGGACGCGAACGGGGACGGGUUCUUCCACUCCCCGCUGGAGGGCGGCCAUCACAGCCGCGCCCGCUACUACCACCAGCAAAUGCACCCCUCCUACUCGGCCGCGGUCAGCUCGCAUGGUCGAACGCUAAGCGGCGGCAGCGGGCAGGUGUGUCGGCCGCACUUCCACACGCCGCUGCACCCAUGGCUGGAGUCGAAGGCGCUGAGCGGCGGCGCGUGGGGCGGCAGCUUCCAGCAGGAGGCGGCGCCCGCCGACAAACCCCUCCCCGCGCAGCACCACCACCCGCACCCCCUGUUCUCGUUCCCGCCGACGCCGCCGAAGGACUCCACACCCGACUCGGUGGCCGCGGCGGCGCUAGGCCAGCAAGACUACCAGGCCGCCGUGGCCCACGCGACGGCGAUGAGUGUCGCCUUCAUGCAGCAGCAGCAAGAGCUGCCGCUGUGUGGGGACGUCAAGCCCAUGAUGGGCGCGCCGCCGUCCAAACAACGCGAAGGUGCGCAGCCGGAGUCGUGUCCCCAGGAGUCGAGUCAGCCCUCCGGGGAGUACAACGCCCAGUACAACGCCGCCGGCGGCGACUACUACAACUACCAGGGCAAGGGGUAUAGUGGGGCGCAACAGCAGAACAAACCGCGGCCGAACAAGACGCGAACUAGCGCCGAGGGGCGGGAGUGCGUGAACUGCGGCGCGACGAGCACGCCGCUGUGGCGGCGCGACGGCACCGGUCACUACCUCUGCAACGCCUGCGGCCUCUACUACAAGAUGAACGGACAGAACAGACCCCUCAUCAAGCCCAAGCGAAGAUUGGUGAGUUCGCUACAGAGCGCAGCGCGGCGCGCGGGCACCUCCUGCGCGAACUGCAAGACGACCACCACUACCCUCUGGCGCCGCAACCAGAACGGCGAGCCCGUCUGCAACGCCUGCGGACUCUACUAUAAGCUGCACAAUGUAAACCGGCCCCUAACGAUGAAGAAGGAGGGCAUCCAGACGCGGAACCGCAAGUUGAGCAGCAAGAGCAAGAAGAAGAAGGGCGGUAUGGGAAUGGGCGGUGGCGGCGCAUGCGCACUGGCGCUCGGCGGCGUCAUGGGAGACAUGAUCAAACCGCUCGGGGAUGCCACCAAGGGCUUUGGUGGGUCCGCCUUCCCGUCUGCUAUGGAUUUCGGUCAGCACCAAGUGGGUCUGGUGCACCCGGCGGCGGCUCACAUGUCGCACUGGUACGGCGCGCCGCACCAGGGCUUCGCGCCGCCCCCCACCUCGCACAACCCCUACCACCAUCACCACCUCGCGCAACUCAACUCUAUGACCGGUUGGAGGAGUGAGUACACGUGAUAAGUCAACCAAACCAAGAGCCUGCUAAUUUAUGAGAAUAUUGUCUAAGAACGCCGUCCCCACGGCCGCGGACUGCGCCUGCGCGAGCAAACACAAAACAUGCUGUGAUCACACCACGGUCUACCCGUUUACGUAGUUUUACCCCAUAGACACUUCAGCACAUCACAUAAUUUAUAAGACUGUAUACAGAAUUGAUGUUUGUAAGAUUAUACAAACGUUCUGCAGUUUGAAUUGAAGAUGUCUGAAAAGGAAAUAUCCCAGUGAAGGGCUAGUCUGCUACACGUCCUUGUAUACCAAAAUAUCUUGUUAAUAUUUGGUUACGAAUACCGGCAGCCGACAGUCGGCUGCAGACUCGAUGCCGGAGCCCAAAAGACUUUGAUAUUCCGUGAUCAGUUUCCUACGAGUAUUAAGUAAGGUGUUUUACAAUGAUGAAGUAACUAGCGAAAUUGUACAGUAUUAUAAUAUAGGUAAGGUCGGUACGAAGUCGGCUUAGAUGAUUUAUAUAUAACUAAGUAUUGUUCGAGAAGCGACAUGUGUAUUUGUACAUAUCUUUCAUAUUAAGUUAUAUUUCGUUCCUGUAUAAAUUGUUUUUCUUAUAUUUAAUUUGGACGGCUCGGUUGGCUAAGGAAUUGUGAUGUGUUCAGAGAGUUAUUCCAGAGAUUUCUUUUGUACAUUCUAUUAGUAUAGUUGAUAUUGAAUGAAAUGCAAUAGUAAUUUAUGUAAUAGAUUUAAAUCAUGCAAUUUGUAAAUAAUAGCCGUUUUAAUUAGUGACGUAAUUCAGAACUGAUUUUGUGGAUAUCAGUACAUUUGUUUCAGUUGUUGCGACCGGAGAUGGCCACUGGAUUUAAUAGCUCAUUGGUAUUUAUAAAUUAAAAUAUUGUAUAUGUCACAAAAGUACUAAAAUUAAAUUUUAUAUUACAUACGUACCCUUGGUAAAUUAAGGUAUUGAGUGGCCAUAUAGAUCUUGAACAAUUUUGUGAAUGAAUCGUCAAGUUUAAUACCGAUUAAAAUUAACGAAUACCCUUGGUAUUAAAGUAAUUCAGAUAAAAACUUGCGCUUCAUGUACAAACUUGUUCUGAUACCCCCAAAAUAUGUAAAUAAUAUGAAUGUAAAUGAACAUGUAGAAAGAAAUAAUGGAAUCAUUAUAAGACUAUGAAAAUAACAUUGUAAAUUAGUGGUCACUGCAACAGCCCGUAACGAUAUCCAGUACCUAAAGUUUUUAGUUUUUAAAACAGGACAUUGUGACGUUGUGUAUUUUAAAUAAAAUUGUGAAUAAAUUAUCAAUAUUGAUAUUA